AUGCACGGUGGUGGUGGCGGUGCACAUCGGAGGCGAAAGAAACGCUCGAACUACGGUAUCCGCACGGUGGAGGUGAACCGUGGGACGAAUGGGUUUGGUUUCACCAUUUCCGGCCAGCAGCCGUGCAUCCUGUCGUGCAUCGUGGCCGGUUCACCGGCCGACCUGGCCGGACUACGCGCGGGCGACUUUCUCAUCUCAGUCAACGGAAUGAACGUGUCGAAGCUGCCGCACGAGUCGGUGGUGCAACUGAUCGGUGGUACCCACGGCACGAUCCGGAUGGCUAUCGCCGAAAACUACUAUUCGGACAGCUCGGACGAGGACAUCAUGUUUCACGGAGCACAGCAGCAACAACACCGAGCUCGACCGAAGUACCCACACAAGGCAAAAUUUUCCCGCAGUACUGCCGCCGGUGUUUCCGGAGGAGUGGCUGCUUCGAGUGCUGCAAGUGGACACGCUGGAAGCGGUCAACCCGAGCGACACGCGUUGACCGGCGGCAGCACUCCGAUCAAGGGAUUAUCCUCUUCGUCCCAUUCGGUGGGCGGGCAGAUGGAGAGUGCCGAAGAGUUGAACGAUUCCCACUCGGCAACGGCGUAUAACGUCAUCCACAGUCCGAACGCAAGCAACAGCUGUGAUAUUUCGAAUGUCAGUGCAAUGGUCCGCUCGGUACAGCUGGGUGACCCGUCAGCGGCUGGUGGCACCGUGGCCGAGCCGUCGGAGAACGCGCUCGAGUACCAAGCGGUGGUGGGGUAUCUGGGGACGAUCGAGAUGCCGAAGCAGAUUGCAACCAGCUCGAAGCUGCAAACGGUGCGCAGCUGUAUACGCAAAAUGCGUCAGGAAAAGCGCAACCCGACGACGGUGCUGAUGACGAUACUCCCGUCCUGUUUGAAUCUAACCAACACUAGCAACAAUCUGAUCGCCAACUAUGCCUCAGCCCGGCUCAGCUACGUCAGCAGUAGCAGCGAAAACGACAACAAGUACUUUGGCCUGGUCACGUCGGCUAUCUACGCGGACGGGCUGAUGUGCGAGAGUGCGGAUGUGUUGAGCCACCGGAAGGACGUGGUCAUCUCGAACAGCUGCCACGUGUUCGUGAUCGAUGGGAAGCUGGUGGAGCAUGAACUGCACCUCGAGAAGGCAGCCCUGUUCAAGAUCGUCUGCACGAAGGAUCCGAUCACGAACCUCUGUCUGGAGUUCCCGUCGAACUCCGAGUACGUGGUGAAUUUGAUACGCAGCAUGUACAGCCUAAAGUCGCUGAUGAAAUCGGAUACUGGCACCGGUAGCGGCUACGCUGGGAGACCGCCUGUAGCCCGGAGUCUCAAUUUAGAGGCGAACGGAAAUGGCCGCUACCCUCGUAACCGGUCCGCGGAUCCUCGGCUGAACGCGCGUGCGAUGGACGACUCGCACGACGUGCUGGCUGCCAGCUCUCCGCAGCCGAGCAAUCAUAGUGAAAUUACGACAACUUCGAGCAAUUCCGACUCGGGAAUCGGUUUCCACAACGACUGUCGCAACAUUUCCGAUCGCAUACUGUUGGUGGAUUUUCCCGGUAUGCUCGGUCCGCAGCAGCAACGGUUGCUGCAACAGCAGCAGAUAGCAAACGUAAGGGCACACUACCGCAAAUCGCAUCCUUUCCUACGGCCAGCAGGGAUCAUCAACGAGAUACCACCGAAGCUCGAUCCGAUCCGCAACAUACGCUGCACGACGGGUGCGACUGCAGCUUCUCCCGAAUCCGGCCACUCAUUCCGCCUGCAGAUCGUGCACGGGAAAUCAAAAUCGGCCGACUACAGUUUCCCUUCGACGUCAACGGCCGGCUUCGUGGAUCGGCUUACGGUUCGGGCACGACCCGAUCCGAAAACGUUCGCCUCUGAACGAUCGCCUUCCAAGGAGAACGCUCUGAACUGUUUGCACGCGGAAGGCGCACCGUCAGAUGGUGACGGACCCGGCUCGGACCCGUGGACCGUGGGGCACACGCUCGACGAGCAGGGUAACGUGGUGGAGGAGCGUGCGAUCGAUGUACCACCGAUGGUUGAACUAUUUCUCGAUCUGGAACGCUAUAACAACGAUAACGUGCAGAAUAGUUUGCUCGCAACUGCUCGCUCCUGUGACGACAUGAUCCUGUCGCUGGGAAAAGGUUCAUCCUGCUCGUUGGCUGACGAGGACGAUGUUGGCGGAGGCGAAGGUUUGGCCGAUGUGAUGCUUGAUGCGGAAGCGUACGAACGGUUGAAGGUGAAACUGUCGAUCGACGAUCUUACGCUGGUUUCGUCGGGAUCCACCGAGCGGUUGCCAUCGGACACUACGGCCACGAUGAUGAUGAUGGCAUCCGCAAGUGCCAUUUCCAAUGGUUGCCAUAACAGUGCACCCAACAACGCGGCUGGGAACCAGCACGUGUUUCUGCAGCCGCUGAAACCCGUCAAGCGUUCGAAAAAGGCUUGCACUACGCAUACAACGAAAGUAGCUUCCGGCAGGAUGGCUGCCGUGCACGUUGCCAGCUACGCAACGGACGAAAACUCAUCGUCCAAUCGUUCUUCGGUGCACGGUGGCGUUGUGGGGCGCGUCGGUGACAAGCUGGCGGCUUAUAAACUGAGCCCAAAAGUGUUCGGUUUGCCACGACCCAUCUCGGUUAGUUUCGAGAACAUUUCGUCUCUUUCGGCGGAUGCUGUCGCGGGAGCCCAUCGGGUCGGAGGCUCUACGCUCGACGACAGUGUCUGUGGGGGUCCUGUUGAUGGCGGUGCUAGUGGUCGGAAACGUUCGCAGAAAAACAGCGUCCCGGGUACGCCCGGUUCGGGGCGUGCGAGUCGAUCUGGGAAGCGGUUGAGUGGUGGAUUUUCGGCCAUUUGGGGAAGCUUACAAGAGCUGCGUACGGGAAGCUUUGCAAGUAAGCAUGAAGAUCGGUCGCGACAUGAGGAACAGACGGAUGGAUGCACCGUGAUUCCGAAGCAGAAAAAGGAACGCGAACGCCGGCUGAGUGGUUGCAAGAUCCUGGAGGCGACCUACAGUGAACCGGACCUACGGUGUGAUGAGGUGAGUGCUCCAAAUCUGCUAGAAGGCGUCCACGAUGACGAUGGCACGGAUGAAGGCAAACAGAUUAACCACAACGCGUCCCCGUUCCGGCGCUGGGGACAAUCAUCGUUACGUUCACGCUCGACAGAACAUCGGACACCGAUUUCGUCUGCCCGCCGACCAUCCUCGUUGGCUGCCUCGGAAAGUGACGUCUACACGAAAUCAAUCGACGAUGAUUACAGCUCGACCAAGAGCGGUUACAAUCCGUACGGCGAUACGACCAGCACCGGUGCGUUAGCACCCGAAGUAACGGUUACCGGGCCGGGCAGCGCUAGUGGGAUCGUCGCAUCGGCGGGCGGUCCGGCGGGCGUUGCGUCCUGGGGCACCUCGUUCGAGAAGCUGCUGGAAGAUGCCGGAGGACUUCACACGUUUUCGGAGUUCCUUAAAAAGGAGUUUUCUGCUGAGAACAUCUACUUCUGGACGGCAUGCGAACGCUACCGGCAGCUGGCGGAACGUGACGAGCGUGCCCGUGAGGCGCAGGCGAUCUUUGCCAAACACCUCGAGUCGGGCUGCAGCGAACCAGUGAACGUGGACUCGAUUGCGCGAAACAUUGCGCUCGAGAACUUACCGCAGGCCGAACCAACGCUGUUCGCGGCUGCCCAGAAACAGAUUUUCAAUCUGAUGAAGUUUGACAGCUACCAACGGUUUAUCAAAUCGGACAUGUACCGAGUGUGCCAGGAAGCGGAAGCAAAAGGACAGCCGCUUCCAUACCCGGGCGAGCAGCUGGACCCGUUGCUACGCACCAGUUCCCUCAUGGCACCGACUGCGGGUGGUGCGAUGACGAAGCUGAAAAAAUCGCUCAGCAACGCGGAAGACCGGAGGCGAAAGUCACUACUACCGUGGCACCGGAAGACGCGCUGCAAAUCGAAGGAUCGGGGCGAUUCGGAUGCGUCGAAGAAGGACAGUGGCAAGGGAGCCACCAGUGCCGGCCAUGGCCAUGGUGCAAGUGGCGGAGGAGGCGGUGGCAGUAGUAGCAAUACACUGAAGCUACUUUCGACCAAUUCCACGAGUGAUAUUCACAGUUCUCGAAGUUCCUUAGCAAGUUUCGAUGCCGCCAUCGGUGGUAAGUCGUACGAUCCGGACGAUUCCCGCAACACGCUCUGCCGGGUGAUACUCUCCAAUGGCGCAACGACUGUCGUGCAGACACGAUCGAACGAAACGAUCAAGGAGCUGGUCGAGCGGCUGCUGGAAAAGCGUGGCAUCGUGUACAACGCGUACGAAGCGUUUUUGGCGGGCAGCACGAAACCGCUCGAUCUAGACGGACCGUCGGUCAGUUUGGCCGGCAAAGAGGUCAACAUUGACCAGCGGGUCGUGUUUAAACUGAACCUUCCGAAUCGUAAGAUGAUUUCGGUGAAAAGCAAAGCCACCAAGCCGCUCGGUGAUGUGUUGCGGCCAAUACUGUACAAGUAUAGCUACGAGCUCGAUCAGAUGCGGGUCUACUCGACUGACGUGUAUCUAGAACUGACCCACCCGGUCACCACCGUCGAUGGCUUGUGUUUGUACAUACGCGCCGCAAGUGAUGCUCCGAGUACGGCAAGCGGGUCGAUCGUACAUCCGGAACUGGGGAGAACGUUGGCCGGUGCCCGGCCAGUGAUCAAUACGGCCACCCAUCAGCAGAUCGUGCAUCAUUUCCAGCAGCAGCAGCAGCAGCAACAACAACAGCAGCAGCUACUUACCGGACCUCCGUCCUCCAGCGUGCCACAGCAGCACAAUUUUGUCGUUCCGGCCUCGGUCCUUCCAUCGGGAACGAGUAAUGUGGCCGGAGCGAAAAACGUUUCCGCGUUUGCUAACGGGCUGGCAACCGCUUCGGCGUUGUGCAAUAAUAACAAUCUACUCAGUGUGAACCAGAAUCACUUGCGAUCCAAGGAGCAACAGGAAGCGUUGAAAGACGAACACAGUGGCGGUCGGCCGCAGGAACUGAACACGCUCGAUGAAAUCACGAACAAAGUGUUCAACGAGCUGAUGAACGGGAAGACGGGAAACAAUGCGGUGGCCGGAGGUAAGGGAGGAGGACCCCCUGAUGUAGAUUGUGCGUCCGACACGUCGUCGUCCCGGCGCGAUCGUUUCCGGCGCCGUGGCUCAAAUGCACCAUCGGAGAGUGGCCGCGGGGCGAAGAGUAAAAAGUGCUCCACCGGUGGAUCAGAGGACGGUGGCGAGAGCGUAAACAACCUGGGCCUCAAGAAGCCCAUCAUCGCCAAGCUGAAGGCGGGUGUGAAGCUGCAGAUGCCAACCAGAUCACAGAAUGACGAGCUUCUGGAGGGGUUAAAACGAGCCCAGCGUAGCAGACUGGAAGAUCAGCGCGGUACGGAAAUCAAUUUCGAGUUACCGGAUUUUCUGAAAGAUAAGGAAAACUUAUCGGCCUCCGUAGCACCGGUUGCCGGUGGCAGCAACGGCAGUGCAGCUCCUGCUCCUUCGAAACUGACCCGCAGCAAACCGGCCCGCAGGUCAGAGACGGGUACACCGACGGCCGAGUUCGGUGGGUCGCUGCAACAAAUUAACAAGCCCCAGCCGGCACCCCGAUUAUCGAUCACUGGGCAGCAGCAACAGCAGCAUCAUCGCGGUUCCGGCUAUGGCUCGCCAGUCCAGACCGCCGUAAGCGAUAGCCAUCUGAACCUGUCGACCCAAUGUAACGCUUCGCCCAACCCCCUGGACGAUCCUUUCCACGCACCCGUAGGUGGUUCACAGUCGGAAAACAGUUAUGCCGACACUACACUAGUCUUUACUCAUGCCACCAGCGGACAAUCGCCAACGGCACCAACUAUACGCGCACUACACGCACUUUCGGACGAUCAGUCCGAUGCAAGUGGUGAUGGUAAUGCAGGAACAACGAGAGCAACCGUGAUAGCAGCUAAUGGUUGCUGCGACCAUCCGGCGGAUACGUCCCCCGGAACUUCACCAUCCUCGCACAGUACGCAUCUUCAUCCUCAUCACUAUCACCAUACGGGAGCGUCGGCGACUGGCGCUAGUGGUUCCGUCAAUAGUACGGUUGCCUCGGCCACUGCAUACCACACGCACUAUCCGCUCCUUCAUCAUCACCACCAUCAUCAUCCGCAUGGCCAGCACUACCACCAUCAUCCGGGGCGGUAUCAGGCAACGGUUUUACCGAAUGGGGUUGGAUCUUCCGAUAGCCAUCCUGGUAGCAAUGUUGAUAGCCAACGGGGACCACCGCCACUUCCACCGAAACCGAAAAUUCUCCCAAUAAAACCAUCCAACUGGGGCCAUCCCAGUACGGGCGUUGCCAGCAGUGGUGCCGGCAGUAGCGAUGCACACUCGACCAGUGGUCUGAGCAGUUCGCCCUCUAGCAGUAACCACUCACCCCCUAGCAGUAACGGCGGUGGCGGUAUGGUUGGCACAGGAGAAACGAACGGUAUUUUAAGCACAAACAAUACAGAAAUCCUAGGCUCAACCACUCGUGAGCCGGGACGGCGAGUAGCAAACGGUGGCACUGAGGGUAUCGGAGGAACGACUGGUGGACCGACUGUGAUCAGCUCCGUGGUGGCGCAGGCUCGGAGCAUCUAUUUCGAUCAAGGAAAUAGCAGUUUCGUGUAGACUGGCAAUGUGAGCCGUGUUGUGGAAAGCAUAGCAAGACAUCGAGGCAGCUUGUGGAUUAGGAAAUCGGACGAAAUGACGGUGAUUGCACGCUAAUGUAAUUUAUUUGUUUGUCCCUUUCUUGAAACGUAAAAAGUGGUAAGCUUUUUGUAAAUACGACAGUAAAACGCCGCCGUCACUGGGAUUGUGCGGCAAAGUUAUUGAUUUUGGCAAAUAAAUUAUUUGAUAU